UAAACUUCAGAAGUUUCAUUUUGGUCUCCGACCGUCAACCUGUCUGCGUCGGGAAAUAAUGUUUGUGCGGUUUAUGCAAUAAGAACGCAUUAAAUGUUUAUAAAAUCUUAAGGCAACGGAAAGGACAAUAUUUUUCAUACAACUAUGGAUUCCAAUCACACACGCGCCCCGAAUAAAGAUUUAAAGAUGGAGUUACUAAAGACAUUAGGGGAGCGCAUCAUGAUAUUUGAUGGAGGCAUGGGAACAAUGAUUCAGACAUACCGGUUUGAAGAAGAGGAUUUCCGUGGCACAGAAUUUAAGGACCAUCCAAAAAAUCUGAAAGGCAACAACGAUCUUCUGUCACUGACCAAACCUGAUGUUAUUUAUGGUAUUCACAAGGCCUACUACGAAGCAGGCGCAGAUUUUGGAGAGACCAACACAUUCAGUGGAACUAAGAUUGCGCAGGCUGACUACGGACUGGAACAUUUGGCCUAUCGCUUGAACUUGGAAUCUGCCAAACUGACAAAACAGGCUGCUGAGGAUGUAACCAAAGCAACAGGUGUAAAGCGUUAUGUAGCAGGAGCCAUGGGCCCAACCAACAGAACUCUGUCCAUCUCCCCAUCUGUGGAGAAUCCAGACAUGAGGAACAUAACUUUUGAUGAGCUUGUGGAAGCCUAUAUGGAGCAAGCCCGGGGUCUGUUGGAUGGUGGAGUGGAUGUCCUACUUGUCGAGACCAUCUUUGACACAGCAAAUAGCAAGGCAGCCUUGUUUGCCAUUGAGAUGUUAUUCACAGAGAGGAACAUGGAAUGCCCUGUUUUUGUGUCUGGGACCAUAGUAGAUAGGAGUGGGCGUACCCUGUCUGGACAGACUACGGAGGCAUUCAUCAUCAGUGUCUCCCAUGCCAGACCCAUGUGUCUUGGUUUAAACUGUGCUCUUGGUGCAAAUGAAAUGCGUCCAUUCCUGGAAACUGUAAGCAACAACACCACGGCUUUCACACUCUGCUAUCCAAAUGCUGGCUUGCCAAACACCUUUGGUGAAUAUGAUGAGACUCCUGAAAUGAUGGCAGCGGAGAUAAAGAAAUUUGCCAAGGAUGGACUGCUUAACAUUGUGGGUGGCUGCUGUGGGACCACACCAGCUCAUAUCAGAGCAAUCAGCGAGGCAGCCAGACAGUUUCCUCCACGCAUCCCAUCAAGUUCUAUCUUUGACGGCUACAUGCUCCUGUGUGGUCUCGAAGAUGCGAAGAUUGGACGCUACACAAACUUUGUUAACAUUGGUGAACGUUGUAAUGUAGCUGGGUCUAGAAGGUUUGCUAACCUUAUAACUGCUGGUAAAUAUGAUGAGGCACUGGCUAUAGCCAAGGAACAGGUAGAGAAUGGAGCACAGAUUCUUGACAUAAACAUGGACGAGGGAAUGCUAGAUGGUGUAGUUGCCAUGACAAAGUUCGUGAACCUCAUCGCGUCUGAACCCGACAUUGCCAAGGUCCCGCUGUGCAUAGACUCGUCAAACUUCGCUGUCAUUGAGGCGGGCUUAAAAUGCACGCAGGGGAAGUGUAUCGUGAACAGCAUAAGUCUGAAGGAGGGGGAGCAAGACUUUGUGGAGAAGGCACUGAGGAUCAAGCACUACGGGGCGGCGGUCGUCGUCAUGGCGUUUGACGAGAAAGGACAAGCAACAGAGUCUGAAAGAAAAGUGGAGAUAUGUACACGCUCAUACAACAUUCUUGUGAAUAAGGUGGGCUUUAACCCCAAUGACAUCAUCUUUGACCCAAACAUCCUCACUAUAGCAACCGGAAUGGAGGAACAUGACCGAUACGGAGUGGAAUUUAUUGAGGCUACGAAGAAAAUCAAGGAAACGCUGCCAGGUGCCCGUGUGAGUGGCGGCGUGUCAAACUUCUCCUUCUCAUUCCGAGGCAAGGAGACGGUGAGGGAAGCCAUGCACAGUGUGUUUCUCUACCACGCUAUCAAGGCAGGGAUGGACAUGGGUAUUGUGAAUGCAGGCUGCCUGCCUGUAUAUGAUGACAUAGAGCCCCGCCUACUUGAGCUCUGUGAAAACCUGCUGUGGGCGCGAGAUCCAGAGGGCACUGACAAACUUCUCUCUUAUGCAGAGUCGAUGGGCAAGGAUGCAAAGAAAACUGCUGUGAGUGACGAGUGGAGAACAAAAGACGUGGAGGAAAGACUGUCAUACUCACUUAUUAAGGGCAUAGACAAACAUGUGAUAGAGGACACGGAGGAAGCCAGACAGAACUCUCAGAGAUACCUGAGACCUCUGAACGUCAUCGAGGGACCACUUAUGAAGGGCAUGAGCAUAGUAGGCGACCUGUUUGGAGCAGGAAAGAUGUUCCUGCCGCAGGUGAUUAAGUCUGCCCGCGUGAUGAAGAAGGCCGUUGGACAUCUUAUUCCGUUCAUGGAGAAGGAACGUGAACAACGCAUGAUUGCCACUGGAGUGAAAGAAAUGGAAUCUGCGUAUGUGGGAACGGUUGUCUUGGCGACAGUGAAAGGAGAUGUACAUGACAUCGGAAAGAACAUUGUAGCUGUUGUACUGGGAUGUAACAACUUCAAAGUUAUUGACCUUGGUGUUAUGACGCCAUGUGAGAAAAUCCUUCAGACUGCAAUAGAGCAAAAAGCUGACAUAGUGGGCCUGUCCGGUCUGAUCACACCCUCGCUGGACGAGAUGAUUCACGUGGCCAGGGAGAUGCAGAGGAUUGGCAUGAAGGUCCCGCUGCUGAUUGGAGGAGCCACCACAUCCAGGACCCAUACUGCUGUGAAGAUUGCCCCACGCUAUGAGAACCCUGUGAUACAUGUACUGGACGCCUCAAAGAGCGUCGUUGUGUGUUCCAACCUGCUAGGCAAGAAUGAUCGGGAUGAAUUCAUUGAAGAAAUUGCUGAGGAUUACGAAGAAAUACGAUUAGAACACUAUGAAAACUUAAAGGAUAAGAAGUACUUGAGCAUUGAGAAAGCCAGAUCAAAGAAACUCCAUAUUGACUGGAACUCAGAGCCUGUGCCAGCACCACCAACAUUCCUGGGUGUGAAGACAUUUGAAAACUAUGACUUGACUCGCUUGGUGCCUUACAUUGAUUGGAAACCAUUCUUUGACGUAUGGCAGCUACGAGGAAAAUAUCCCAAUAGAGGCUAUCCAAGAAUCUUCGAUGAUAAAACUGUUGGUGAGGAGGCCAAGAAGGUUUACAACGAUGCCCAGAAGAUGCUGAAGGAGAUGAUCAGUAGUGGCAGCCUGCAGGCCCAUGGGGUGGUGACAUUCUGUAGAGCGUGUAGCGUGGGGGAUGACGUGCAGGUGUAUGACGAGAACGGACAGCAUGUGGAGACACUGCAUGGCAUUCGGCAACAGGCUGAAAAGGAUUCAGCGUCAAGUGACCCCUAUUUAUGCAUCUCGGAUUUUGUGGCCCCAAAAGCAUCUGGCAUCCAGGAUCACAUUGGAAUGUUUGCUGUGACAGCUGGGCAUGGUGUUGACGAGAUGUGCAAAAAAUUUGAGGCCCAGCUUGAUGACUACAGUAUUAUCAUGUUGAAAGCACUGGCUGACAGACUGGCAGAGGCUUUUGCAGAAGAAUUGCAUGAGCGAGUACGCAAGGAACUGUGGGGAUAUGCCAAUGUGGAACAGCUGGAUGCUGCGGAACUCCACAAAAUAAAAUACCAGGGUAUACGGCCAGCCCCAGGCUACCCCAGCCAGCCUGACCACACUGAGAAGGAGACGAUGUGGCGCCUGCUGGGCGCAGACAAGGUGGGGAUCACGCUCACAGAGUCCCUCGCCAUGCAGCCGGCAGCAUCGGUGUCGGGACUGUACUUUGCCAGCGCUCGCAGCUCGUAUUUCUCUACGGGUAAGGUGUGCAAGGACCAGGUGGAGGACUAUGCCUCAAGGAAGGCCAUGGAUGUGAGUACAGUGGAGAAGUGGCUGGGACCGUGUCUGGCUUAUGAUGUGGAAUAGAUAUUGUUUGGUGGUUUGGGUAAGGGUAUUUGCAAAGUGGGCGGGGAUUAUAGGAAUUAAUUUGUCUAUCUUCUCUCUGUAACACGUUGUUUCCGCUUGAUAUCUUCUAUGCAAUCAGAUGGCUUUUCAUGAAAAUGUCUUUGAAUGUUGAAGGCGUUGAGAGUUUUGCAUGAGUCAGUUUAUCCCACUCAAAGCAAAGGUUGUACUUCAAAGUCAAUGUUUUAGUCUCCCUUUUUGUGUUUAUCCUAUCUUCUAUACUCUUUGAAAAGUUUAAAUAAAAACUUUCUAUAGGUAGUGAGGAAAUUUAGACAUGUGCAGAGUUAGUCAUGCCGGCUGAAGGUCAUACAUCAAGGUCAAACAAUUUUAGACUCAAUUAUCAUGUCCCCCCAAUUAACCUAUAUCUUUUGAAGGAAUUGCAAUGUUUUUACAACCAGCUGUAGAUGGCAGGAGUCAUGUAACCCUGCUCAAUGUCAAGGUCUAUCGUUUAACCUUUAUUGUUUGGACCUCUUAGAGCAUUUUCUUCAAAACUUAUUGUCAUUUAGGAGAUGUUGAGAAGUCACGAGACAAUCAAAGACUCAAAGUGUAUGUCACCACUUCAUGGUUAUACAAAGUUUGGUAGUUGAUAUAGCAGUCUAGGAGACCUUGUUUUAAAGGGGCCUUUUCACAGAUUUUGGCAUUUUUUAACUUAUUCAUUAAAUGCUUUAUAUCGAUAAAUGUAAACAUUGAAUCGUAAAAGCUCCAGUAAUAAAUCAAGAAUAAAAUUAAAAAAAGGAAAAGAACAUUGCCCGGACCAGGUUUCGAACCAGUGACCCCUCGAGUCCUGCCAGAGUCCUGAAGUAAAAACGCUUUAUCCUACUGAGCUAUUCCGCCGUGUACACAUACUGAAUGUAUUUUAUACCUUAUAUAAGCAAUCUUCGUAGUUUCACAAAAUUUAACGACAAAAACAGAACUCUCCAAAUUAUUCAAUCGUUUCGCGUUACAACGCUUUAUAAUUUUUAGGUUUUAAAAUCGUCAAAAGAUGCAUAUAAUGGCUAUAUUAGACCAUGGUAAAUGUUCAGUAUUACUGUUUCCUCACAAAUAUCAUAACUAAAACGAAAAUUUGCGAAUCUGAAACAACUUCUUUCAAUUUUGUCAAUUUACCAAAGCGUGAAAAGAUCCCUUUAAAUGUUUGCUCCCUUUGUAUUAUUUUUCUAUCAAAUGUGCGAUCUCAAUUUAGAUGGUUCCUUAGAAAUGUAUUUGACAUACAUACAUGUAUAUUUGAUUUGAUUUUUACAUGUCAAGUACAGGUUUGUAGGUUACAUUAAUAGGUUCGCAUGCCUGUUUUAAAGUUUAUUUUUUGCUAAAUUAUGUUAUUGUAUAAUGGAACAUAGUAUUAUUUUGUGUGUUUACCACUCUUUUAUAUCAUACACCUUUAUAACAAUACUUGUAGUUCAGUUUUUUGUCAUACAUGUAUUCUUGUUGAACAAAAUUCAAUUUAGAAUUAUGAAUACAAUAAUGUACACUAUACAAUGUUUUGUUAGAACAAUAAACAUUUUAAUAAGUUAUCUAAUAUCAUUCUGUCUAUCCACGGUUUGGAAAGAUUCAGGUUAAAGUGCUUGUAAGAUAUUUUAAAUGUGUGUAUAUAUUAUGCAAAUAAGAUGUUUUAAGUUUUUACAAUUGUAAAUGCUUUAUUUGUUAAGAUGAGUUUUCUUUCUAUUUUUGAAGAAAAAUUAAUGAUGUAAUUAACUCUAUUUUGUGCCAUAAUCAAUUUUUUAUGUUACGUAUGUUGCUGAAGUUUCAAUAUGUAAAUGAUAUGGGCCACUCGUGAAAAUAUUAUUUUUCUAUGAUCAAGAGUGGAAUAACAAACGAUCUUACACUGACAUGAACAAAUUUUCUGUUUCUUUUAUGAGGCAUAUUUUAUUCAAGAAAAUAAUUACCUGUUGUUUCCCUUUCGCUGAAAAGUUACCCUUUCUCCCGUGGCAUGCCUAAAUACAUUUCAAUACACAAAAUGACGUCAUUAGUGUUUGUUAUACCAGCAAAAUUCUCCGGUUAAACUCUUUUACAAUGUAAAUAAACGGUGAAAAAAUAAAUAACAAGAAAAAUUGUUAGAUUCCGUGGAAUGUUGAUUUUAUCAAGCAAGUACUUGUUAAGUGGGUCAAACAAGGGAAGUAAAUCUUGAUAUGAUAAUCUAAAAAUAGAAAAAGUAGUUCCUUAAAUUAUUUUUUUUCACUGGUGAAAAUAACAAUUUGUUUAUUUUCACUGCUGUUAUUUCACUGAAGAAAUGUCAUAUUUUGUCAUUAGGUAUAAAAGAAAUGCAUGUUUGUUAUUUUAAAUUAAUUUUGUUAUAUUUGUUUGUGUGUGUUUUUAUAUUGUUUUGCUGGAUGUCUGUCCGUCAGUUUGUCGGUAGACCAGUUCGUUUGCAAUCAAUACAAUUUGACUGAUUGGCUUGAUACUUCACAUGUGCGUUGGCCUUAGACAGUAGAUGACCCCUAUUGAAAUCGGGGUCACUAGGUCAAAGUUCAAGGUCACUGUCACAAAAAGUGAGGAAAUCGUUUACGAUCAAUAACUCCUCAACGAAUUGACCGCUUGGCUUGAUACUUCACAUGAUGAUUGACCUUGGACAGUAGAUGACCCCUAUUUAAAUUUGGGUCACUAGUUCAAAGCCCUGUAUUUGGUUGUGUUUUUUUUUUGUUUGGGGGGGGGCAUAUGUCUCCGGAACUCGUGUUCAUUUGGUUUUCAAUUAUAAUUACGGGUAUAAUUUUGUGCUAAAAUGAAAUGCUAAUAUGAGUUGUACAUGUAUGAGAUACUUUAACCAUAAUGAUUAGUACGAAAUAUUCUUUAAUCUUUGAAUAAACAUUUCUGGAACAUAUUCGUAAUUUAUGUUCUAUGCACAUAAAUGUGAUACUAUAUACCAGUAUCUUAGUAAAUCAGUUGCAGAAACUGAGGUGAGGUUAUUUUGAAAAAGUGAACAUGCAAAUUCAUGUUGAAAACAUAAUUGUACGCCCAGUUUCAUGAAGAGUUGUAUUUAAAGUAUAUAAGUAUAUAAUUAUACAUAAAACUGGGCGAAGAUAAUAAUGCAUUGAAUGGAAAGGUUAUGUGCCUUGUUUGCUAUUUAUUAUCAUGUGUAUAUUCGUCUUAUUUGAUGUCAGUGUUGUGGUUGUAAAGAUUUCUUAUGUGGAAAUGUUAAUCAGAUUUAUAAAGAUCCAAAUAAUGCAUAACAAUUUUAUCAGAGUGUCUGACUUUUGUGAUUUUGUUUGCAGUGGUAUGAAUGGGAGCUAUUUUUAUUUUUUCGUGUGAUAAAUGUGUUGCUAUUAAAGCAAUCAUGUGCCUGUUUGGUUUCUUUAUUUGAGGCACCCAGCAUAAAAUACAACAAUUGACGGUAAUAAUCAUGACAUAUUUUUUUAGACAUAAACAGUUAAGUGCAAUAGAUACAAUAAUAAAAAUAAUAUGUUCAGUCAAUUUGCAUUUUCUAUUAUUUAAUAAAAAAGCAUGUUGUUUAUAUGCAAUUGAACGAUACUGUUAACAAAACAACUCCAUUAAAAUAAUAUUUAUGGGAGAA